CAGUGUAACGACGCCAUGCGUUACAGUCGAGUGUUCCACCACUUUGCACUAGUAUUUCUCAGUUCAAUGCCGGUUUGACGGAUCAAAACAAACAGAAAAUUCAAUACAACAGUCCUCGUGUAUUAAAACAGCAUAAUAAACGUGAAUUAAGUGCAUAAUGAGUCGUCGAAAGCGUGCCAAGGUUGAGUAUCGAGAAAUGGAAGAGAAAUACAAUCAGCUGGAGGAUGAAAACACAUCGGAUACAUCGGAGAAAUCGAAAACUGGCCUUGGUACUCCGGAAAAAAAAAUGUUGAAUGAGCAAGUCAAGGUCAGUGAGCUCCCGGCUCCAAUAGCAGCAACUUCAGCCCCAAAAAAUGAGGUCAAGGAAGAGGACGAGCAGGAUAGUGAUCACGAAGACCCUCAUGUUAAAGAGCUUCUCAAUGGGCUGGAAGGGGCUGCCUUCCAGAGUCGCCUUCCCUUUGACAAAUUGACGUCCACAGAGGCUGUUUGCUUCCCUGAUAUAUCGUCCGGGCCUCCUCAGACGCAAAAAGUGUUCCUCCACAUCAGAAAUAGGCUGCUUCAGUUGUGGCUGGAGAACCCCAAGCAACAGCUCAUAAUUGAGAAUGCUCUGUUGGCUAUUGAACCACCGUACAACAGCGAUCCUGUACUCACAAGGCGUAUCCACGCGUUUUUGGAACGUCAUGGGUUUAUUAAUUUUGGAGUAUUUAAACGGUUGAAGCCCAUACCUACGAAAAAACUAGGGAAGGUUAUUGUGAUUGGGGCAGGGAUCGCUGGACUCGCUGCUGCACAACAGAUGCAGCAAUUUGGUCUCGAAGUUAUUGUUCUGGAAGCACGAGAUCGAGUUGGUGGGAGAAUUGCAACAUUUCGAAAAUCUUCGUACAUAGCUGAUUUGGGGGCUAUGGUGGUGACUGGAUUGGGUGGAAAUCCAGUUACUACAUUGAGUAAACAAAUUAACAUGGAAUUGCAUAAAAUUAGGCAGAAGUGUCCACUUUACGAGAGUGAUGGACAAACAGUACCGAAGGACAAAGAUGAAAUGGUUGAAAGAGAAUUCAAUCGAUUAUUGGAGGCAACGUCGUACCUCUCCCAUCAGCUUGAUUUUAAUUACAUCGGGAAUACCGGCCAGCCAGGCAAUACAACAAGGCCAGUCUCAUUGGGCCAGGCAUUGGAAUGGGUAAUUAGACUUCAAGAGCAGGGUGUCAAGCAGCGCCAAGUUGCUCAUUUCAGCUGCGUACUUAGCCUCCAGAGUAGACUCAUUGCUAAUCAGCAGCGGAUGAUUGCUAUUAAAGAGAGGCUGGCCGAACUCAACAAACAGUACAAAGAAAUGACAGAGAGCAAAUUACAGACUCGGGAUAUUACCCAGGAGUUUGUAUUGCGAUCCAAAUUGAGGGAUUUACACAAUGCGUGUAAGGAAUGGGAUCAGCUUGCUGAACAGCAGAAGGAGAUUGAAGCUAAGCUGCAGGAAUUGGAGGCCUCUCCACCGAGUGACGUCUACCUAUCUUCAAAAGACCGCCAGAUUCUCGACUGGCACUUCGCAAAUUUGGAAUUUGCCAACGCCACUUCAUUAUCGAAUCUCUCGCUGAAGCACUGGGACCAGGACGACGAUUUCGAGUUCACUGGGAGCCAUCUGACCGUGCGCAAUGGUUACUCUUGCGUUCCAGUUGCCCUCUCGGAGGGCUUAGACAUACGACUAAAUACAGCUGUGAGAGCUGUGAGAUAUGGUGUAAGUGGUGUUGAAGUUUGGGCAGCACCGUCUCGUAGUUCUCACACAAAUCCAACUAUGCACAAGGCCGAUGCAGUAUUGGUAACUCUACCACUGGGGGUACUGAAAGCGUCAACAGCACCAUCGGCAGUGGCAUUCAAUCCACCACUGCCGGAUUGGAAAUCCCAGGCGAUUCAGCGACUUGGCUUUGGCAACCUCAACAAGGUGGUGCUCUGUUUUGAGAGGAUUUUCUGGGAUCCCACGGCGAAUUUAUUUGGUCACGUUGGUAGCACGACUGCUUCGAGGGGUGAAUUGUUCCUCUUCUGGAAUUUGUACAAAGCCCCUGUCCUCUUGGCUCUUGUUGCAGGAGAGGCUGCCUGUGUUAUGGAGAACGUCAGUGAUGAUGUUAUUGUUGGACGCUGCAUUGCUGUGCUGAAGGGAAUAUUUGGAAACCAAGUUGUCCCACAACCACGCGAGAGUGUUGUAACAAGAUGGCGUGCCGACCCUUGGGCACGUGGUUCCUACAGUUUUGUUGCUGUCGGUAGCUCUGGAAGUGACUACGAUUUACUCGCAGCACCCGUUGCACCACCUCCACCCCCAAAUCAACCCGCAGGGGCCACAUCACCACCACCCAGAGUUUUCUUUGCUGGAGAGCACACAAUUCGCAACUAUCCAGCAACAGUGCACGGAGCAUUUUUGAGUGGAUUAAGGGAGGGUGGUCGUAUAGCGGAUCAACUCUGCGGAAGUCCUUAUGCACCACCGAAUUCCCCGACGUCCGGUGUUCCACCGAGUGGAGUAUCAUCGGCAACCACAACAGUCGGGUCCGCGCAAUAACACUAUUAUUCACGCGAAACUACCUGCCCCACUCCCAUCACCGCAAUAUUAAAUCCCCCUAUCCCGUAUCGUAUUACUCACAUUUCGAUUUUUAUCAUGGAGCCGUAACGUAGCUCCCAAAGAACAAAAAUCAAGCGGGAAAAAAAAAA